AUGGCGAAUGCCAACACCUCCGGAGCCAUUGCACGAAUCACGCGUGAGAUCAGACAAGUCCAGCAUGGUGCCGAUCUCUCCCUCGCCGUCGCCUGCCGAGAUAGUGAUGUGCGACAUAUCCGCGGCCUCAUCAUCGGCCCUCCAGAGACUCCUUACGAAUAUGGCUUCUUCGAAUUCGAUAUCAAGAUGCCCAAAGACUACCCGAUUAAGAGUCCGGUAGUGCGGGCUCUCACGACUAAUGGUUGCCGGACCCGUUUCAACCCCAACAUCUACGCCGAGGGUAAGGUCUGUCUUUCCAUACUAGGCACGUGGCGGGGUGAGAAGGGUGAGGAGUGGAGUUCUGCGCAAGGUCUCGAGAGCAUCAUGCUCAGCAUCCAGAGUCUAAUGUCCUCUCACCCCUACGAGAACGAGCCCGGCUUCGAGGGACACAAGAAGGAAGAUCCCAAUCCCAAAGCAUAUAUCGAGAAAAUUCACCACGAGACUAUCCGCAUAUCGGUCUGCAACCGACUCGAAGGUCACCUGAACAUCGAUAGAGAUCGCACCGUCAGCUCAUUCCACGUACCUAAGCGUCCGCGAACAGAUAAUGGGAGCUUCUCGCCCGCCGAAAAGUCACCAAAAGCUACCACCAACGCUUCCAGCGGCCUUAGUACUCCUGCCACUGAGGCCUCAAUCUACGAGUACGAUGCCGAGGCGACAUACUCCGCCCUCGACCAAUCACAAUGGGAUCCCUUCGCGGACCUCAUGAAGCGGCGAUUCCUCUGGUACUACGACACUUACAUCGCCACCGUGAACGCGGGCAUCACUCAACACUCCCGCCACUCCCCCUUCACACGCAUGGAGUUCGAGUACCCACCCAAUAGCAUGGAAGGCAAAUUCGACUACCCCGAUCUCCUCAAACGCCUCCGCCGAAUCAAAACAGCCCUCGACCAGGAAGGAGAACGUUGGGCACGGGAAGGCGCCAAGCAAGCGGAGAAGUGCACCCAACUAGCCGUCCAGCUCGCCUUCCAAUUCAAACAGCUCCAGCAUAAAUGGAAAGAAGGCUCCUACGACACCUCCCGCCUCGAACUCAACCUCCCGGACCCGGACAACCCCUUCCUCUGGCACCUCGCCCUCUUCGGCGCCCCGAUGACAAACCUCGACGGCGGAAUCUGGCACCUCCGCCUCACCAUCCCUCUCGAUUUCCCCUCCACCCAACCCCGCCUCCACUUCCUCACUCCCAUCUUCCACCACCGCGUUAGCUGCGCGGAUGAGGAUUCCGAGACAAAAGGAACCCUGUGUUAUUUCCCCGAGAAAGAGGAUGAGAUUUCUAGUCAUCUGACGGCGAUUAUGGUUGCUAUUGAGGACGAGCAGCCGGUUUUUGAUCCUAGGGCUGUGGUGAAUCCGGAGGCUUUUAAGUUGUUUUGGGGUGUUGGGGAGGGGAGGAAGGGAGAGGAGAGGAAGGAGUAUAAUCGGAGGUUGAGGAGGAGUGCGCAGGAGAGUGGGGAGAUUUGA